AUGGUUCAAGAGAUUGGCGCGAAGGCUCCCGCGACGCUAUUUUGGGGCGAGGCUUACAUCGAGUGGAAUCUCCUUUACUCGGUCUGCAAGGCCAUCAACGGAGAACAGCACCUGCGCAAACAGGUCGACGUGCAAACGCCAAAGAUCACGUACAUGUAUCGUCGGCUCAUUGAGCCCGACCGUAUGAUCGCAAAUCGCCAUGCCAACCGGUUCAGCUUCCUCUACGAACUGCACCGCAGCCGCCAUUUAGUGGCUACGGACCCUAGGGACAGAGUGUUCGCCAUGCUGGGCCAUUACUCCAUCCGCAACGGGCCGAAUCAGAAGCUAAGGGAGCUUACAGCUGAUUACACAAAGACUGUGGAAGAAGUCUUUGCCGACGUGGCAUCGAGGGCUCUUGUCGGCGACAACAGUUCCCUGCUGGCCCUAGCCGCAGUCCAGCACCACAACCUCCCACCAUUAGGCGAGAAUAUGGCUGUCGAGCUAGCCGACUGCGCCAAUUAUUGCUCAUCAUCUCCGAAUGGCUUACCUUCCUGGGUUCCGGACUGGCGUCUUUAUCAAUCGCAUAUCCUUUCAGAGCCUACCAGCCCACACCACGCUGGUGGCCUCUCGCGGCCGAACUUGCGAGUCGACGAAGAUUCCAAAACACUGCAUAUCAAGGGAACCAUUGUUGAUGUCGUGGCUGCCUGCUCCGGGCCAUUUCGGCCGCGAGAAUUUCACGUCAACGGGUUGGACUGGUCCAUGGCUAUCCAUACGGUGUGGCGCGACGUGUGCGGCCAGUCCUCCGGCUUUGACCUAUCGCAAGAAUACCUCCCAACUCGCAAACGCUUCCAGGGAGGUGAGAUUGAAGGACUCGCUCUCUUCGCCUACGUCCAGACGCUCAGUAACGCCUGCGUCGCCACCGCGUGGCAAGACAAGAAUCAUCCGUACGAGUCGGUCCCGACGCAGCAGUGGUUUGCACACGGGGUCUCUUAUCUGACCCAAGCAGCCGGCGGAGGUUCCUCUCCCUACGCGGUGUCUGAUAGUAAUGAUGAUAAGCUGCAGGAAUGGACGAGCGGAGGAGAUGCGGCCAAGUGGGCGCGCGCGGCCAACGGCGCGUCGUGCAAUCGGAAAUUUGCGAGGACCCGAAAUGGAUACUACGUCCUCGGUCCAAGAGUGAUGGAACCUGGCGAUGUCAUUUGCGUCUUGUUCGGAGGGAAGAAGCCUUUCUGUCUCCGGCCGUGGGGGAAGAAUAAUUACCUGCUCGUUGGGGAGUGUUAUGUGCAUGGGAUCAUGAACGGGGAGAUCAUUGAUGGCGCGAAGAACGGCGAGAAUGUGUUUGACAUUGUCUGA